AUGUCUACACCGGUCCGCAAGGCGGCCGAGAUCCUGGACUCGAUCCAGCUCGAGUCGUUUGCCAACGACACAGAACGUUAUGCAGCAAAGGAAGCGGCCCGUCGAUUGCUCAGCCGCAUCGAGACCCCCUUUGAGCGCGGGUGGACGCUGACGUUUGAGACGCCCGUGCUCAUUGCUGCAUUGCAGACGCUGCGUAACCUCGGGCUCUGGUCUGCGUGGUAUCGGUUAUGCAAAGAAAAUAAAACUGCCGACGAACAAAGUUUGGAACAUAUUGUUUCCCUUUGUCAGCAACAGGGCAACGCCGAUAUCAAUUUGCUGCCAUUGAAUGUAGUAGAAGAAACCGACGUCGACAAAUGGAGACCCACGGCCUUCUCAUUGGCCCUCGGUAACGAGGCCUCGCAUCUGCACCACAUCCUUGACUUUGGAACUGACCACUCCAUCAUCACCGGCGUCAACCUGCCAAGGCUCCUGCAAAAGUACAACUACCAUGAGCCCCUAGACACCAAGAAGGCAGAUAACUACACCGACGUCAAUGGCGUUGACUUUUUUGGCUUGUGCGAGCGAGAGCCUCACAAGGCGGACAGUUUCGAAGGGCUCAUGACAGCGCUGCGAAACCACAAGAUGCACUGGACUGAAGUGUACGACACACGAAAGAUUGUAGAGAACGCCGAUCUUGCCAAGCCUCUGUUUGUCGACGUGGGCGGCCUACACGGCCUCGACACGGCGCAGCUCCUCGCCCGCCACCCAGAUCUGCCGCCCGACGUGCUAUUCGUGCAGGACCUGCCCAACGUCGUGGCCGCGGAUAUCGAGCACCUCGACGCCCGCAUCGUCAAGCAGGCCUACGACUUCUUUACGCCGCAGCCUCUCGUCGGCGCCCGCGCCUACUUUUUCCAUGCCGUCUGCCACGACUGGCCCGACGCCGAGUGCGUGCGCAUCCUCCAGAAUGCAGCCGCCGCCAUGACAAAGGGCUACUCCAAGCUGCUAAUCUACGAGAUCGUGCUUCCCGCGCGGGAUGCCAGCAGUCUCAUGACCACGCUGGAUUUGCAGCUCAUGAACAUUGUAUCGGGCCUGGAAAGAACCGAAGGGCAUUGGAAGGAGCUGUUGGCCAAGGCCGGCUUCAAAGUCGUGAGUAUAGCCAGACAUUUCCGAGCAGUUGAGAGCGUGAUUGCGGCCGAGCUUGCUUGA